CAAGUGUGAUGUCUAAAAACACGUUAUUAUCGCCCCUUAUUCUACUAACCUACAACGUCUCAAUUCAAGGGAUUAAUGAUAAAUCCCCAGGUUUGUUCGUGAAAAGUGUAUCAUGGCCUAAGACGUGAGAUAUCGCCCGCAUCAAAGGAAAUAUCGGAAAGUUCACGCCCGGAGUCCCGGACAAUGACAGAGAACGGCUGAUUGGACUUGUGACUCAUUAUUAUCUAGUGAAAUUAUUUUUUAAGUGCUAUCAAUAGACAUUUUUGUCGACAGGAUUUAUUGAACCAUUGAAUUGUUUUUGUGCAAGUGACUGUGUAUUAGAUUAACACAUGUGCGUGUAAAUAUACAGCAACGUGUGUAUCCGGGUUGCAGCGGGGUCUGAAAUAAUAAUGGGAUGACAGCAAAUACGGAUUCAUGGAAAAGGUUUGGCGUCGAGUGGGCCUCCAUUCCUCCCGUAAGAAGAGGGAUGGAAGCGGCACAAGCCAAGAAGUGACUCCAGCCGCCCCGCCUGAAGCCGAAUAUCAGAACAUCCAUACGUUGAGAACAGCUGAUUUGAUACGGCAAAGACAGGGCGAGGAGAAGUCUACUCUCCGGUCCUCGUAUAUUAUCAGGAACGGCGAUAACUUUAUAUUGGUUGAGAGGAGACGUAGGCGGCGCCGCCGAAGUGGCACUCGUGCUUCUUCUGGGGGGAGACACCAUACUCCUCCGGUUGAAGAGACUACCCGCACGGAGCAGAAGCGUAGACCACCAGCGCGUCUUAAGAUCUUCGGGAUACAAUGGCCCUUGCAUUCUAGCGAGUCCAGGCACACGUCAAUAACUCGUCGUUUCUGCCGGGGGAGACGUUCGAGAGAAGACAACGAGCUCUAUCGCUCAAACAGCUUCAAGUUCGAGAGGUUCACCAGAGAGCCGCCGGCUGACGAGUUUGCUUCUGGUUCACAGAUGAGCCAUCUGCCAUACAAAGAAUCCACUUUGCGGCGCGCUCCACAGGGUCUCCUCAAGGCACGGUAUUGA